CGCGGCGGAGGCUCGCGUGCGCCCCAGGCGAGCUGUGCGCGUCGACGUUUCGCGGGCAUCGGUAACCCGCGGAAGAUCGAGGCUCGUGCACCUCGGCCGAGAGUCCCCUCGCCUCUCGGAGUCUGCGUCGAGACCCGCGCAAGAUCGCGCUCCGCCGGAGCCGUUUGGUUACGUUGUUUUUCUUGGUUAUGUCGGCCAAGGAUGAAUUGCGGUAUCCACGGGUUGAUCGUCUGUUCACGGUGACCUCGGAACGUUUAUCUACUGAGCACUGAUGGCUGUCAAGGGACUAGUCGCGUCGAUUGUCAAGUUUCUGACAGACCAGCUGCAAGAUGGUGACAUAACUGCCGACUCGCGAGAGAGUUUGGAAGUGGCAAUCCAGUGUCUGGAGAGCGCUUACAAUGUGCAAGCCUCCGACGCGCCAGCGAACGUGAAUCUGUAUCAAAUUUACAAGAAUGCGGUGGAGAACGCCGCGCCAGUUCUGGGUCCGGAAGCAACGGCGGACGCGAAGACCGAGGCGGAAAGAUUGAAGAACGAGGGCAACGCGCUCAUGAAACAGGAGAAGCACCACGAAGCCCUUGCCAAUUAUACAAAGGCAAUAACAUUAGAUUCUCGCAAUGCGGUGUAUUAUUGUAAUAGAGCGGCCGUUCAUAGCAAACUUGGUAAUCACACCUUAGCCAUCAAAGACUGUAACACGGCGCUCUCUAUCGAUCCCUCGUAUAGCAAGGCGUACGGACGAUUAGGCUUAGCGUAUUCUAGCUUGGACAGGCAUAAAGAAGCUAAGGAGAGCUACGAGAAGGCCUUGGCGAUGGAACCAGAUAACGAGAGUUACCGGAACAACCUGCAAUUGGCAGAGGAGAAAUUGGCCCAGUUGGGUGUCAAUCAGUCUCUGCCCAAUUUGCCCGGCAUGGAUUUGAGUGCCCUUCUGAGCAAUCCCUCUUUAAUGAACAUGGCGCGCCAGAUGUUGUCCGACCCGGCGAUGCAGAACAUGAUGUGUAAUCUCAUGUCCGGCAACGUGGAAGAAGGCGGUCGCAUGGAUUUGCUCAUCGAGGCGGGCCAACAGUUGGCGCAGCAGAUGCAGAACACAAACCCCGAAUUGAUCGAGUCGUUGAGACGGCAAAUGGGCGGCAAUCCGAACGACCCGGAGCCACCGCAGCAAAAUUGAAACAUUGGCUGGUUGUGUGAUGACACGAACGUGAACUUUUAUGGACGUCAUAGCUGACUUUCUUUCUCACUCGUAGUUACAGACCAGUACAUUGUAUUGUUUUUUUUAAAGGUGCCACGUGGCAAGACUUACAGCUUCAAUGAUAAUUCUAUCUAAAGCGAUAACGCGCGUACCAUAGAAUUCAAUUGAAUUCAUAGAUUAGUCGUUACGGGUGUAAUAUCGGGCCUCUUUCCUCAUCCCUGUCUUCACUUUGGCUAUUGUACAACUUUUGAUAGCACACAUACACACGGACACGGACACACACUUCACAUACAUGCGAAGAUCGAUACAAGACAAAAUGUUUUUUAAAUGCCGUGACGAUUUGAGUGACUAACCCAUUGAGCGACACCCAAUCUACCGUGUAUCAUCCAGGGCAUUAUUUCUAGAUCCUGUUACAUGUUACGAUUUCACAAAUGCGGAUUUGUACAACGCAAUUGUUUAUUAUGUCUCGGAUGAAUAGCUCGAAUAUUUAAUUGGUGCGAAAUAUAUGCGGAUACCGAGCGACUCGCAAGCCGUUGUUUAAUAUUUUAUUCAUAUCGUAUUUCCACAAAUACUUGUACGAGAUGCAAUGUUUUUCUUAACGUUUUGUAAAUGCGUGAUCAUUAAAAUCUUUGAGUAUUCGUCAGUCGGGAACUUUUGCAUAUCAGAUUUACGAUCUCGCGUUUCUCGAAUAUGCAAAUCCCUUGGCACGUUGCACUGGAAACGAAGGCAACGUGCUAACGCUAAUAAACAGACUAUUAUAAUAAAAAUUGUAUGAUGAGAA